UGGCUUUCAAUGCACAAACCAAAACGACAACGUUUUAGGACACGGGAUUGCAUUUCAACUAAAUAGAAAAAGCCCUAACAUUUGGAUUAACCGAUCAGCAGUUCAGCAAGCAAUGAAAGGAUCAUCGGUAUCAGCGAUGGAAUCAAACAAUGACGUUCUGCAAAGCGAUCAAAAGACAGAGAAGCCUCAAAAGCCCCCAUUCAGACGUGCUCAAGAUGACACCAAGCCUCCACUCCACGACCCUAUACUGAGAUCGGACCCCAUUGAGACCGAGGAAGCGGUGCUCCGAUUGCCUCCACUCCCUUCUGUCAAAUCAGGAUUUCAAUCUCGCUGAGAGUGGCUUUUCUAUAAUAUUUCCAUAUUGUUCGUCUUUUUCUUAUGUAACACUAUGAGGUGUGGUUCUUGGAAUUCCUUGUAAUUUAUGAAUGGUUGAUUCGUGUUCUUUUUUCCAAUUCACUCCAACACUACGGAGGUGUUAUAAUGAAGAAAAUCCCUUUUUUUUGCUUUGA